AGACCAAGUAUAGAAGAGAUGGCAACUGGGACCACCUCACAAUUUGUACCUGGAAGUACUCAAGUGAAUGGAACAUUUAGGGCUGUGGCUAAAGCCAAUUUAGCACAGAUGGGCUUGAGGAAUCAAUCCAUGACUCAUAAUGGCUUAAGAUCAUUGAACGUGGUUGAUAGACUACAAGUAAAAACCAAUGUCAAAGCAAUGCCUUUGAAGGCUGUUAAGAAAGUGCAUUCAACAACGAGUGACAUGCCUUCAGGAACAAUUGUAUGUGGACAAGGGAUGAGAAUAGUGGUUGUGUCAGCUGAGGUUGGUCCAUGGAGUAAAACCGGUGGACUUGGUGAUGUCGUUGGAGGACUUCCACCUGCUCUGGCUGCUAAUGGACAUCGUGUUAUGACUGUGUCUCCCCGCUACGACCAAUACAAAGAUGCAUGGGACACUAAUACGUUAGUUGAGGUUAAAGUUGGGGAUAGAAUCGAAACUGUCCGAUUCUUCCACUGCUACAAACGGGGAGUGGAUCGUGUCUUUGUUGAUCAUCCUAUGUUCCUUGAGAAGGUUUGGGGUAAAACUGGAGCCAAAAUAUAUGGCCCAAGGGCAGGACAGGAUUACCAGGACAACCAACUUCGAUUUAGCUUAUUAUGCCAGGCUGCUAUAGAGGCUCCUAGGGUUCUGAACUUAAAUAACAGUGAAUAUUUCUCAGGGCCAUAUGGGGAAGAUGUUGUCUUUGUUUGCAAUGAUUGGCACACUGCUUUGCUUCCAUGCUAUCUGAAAUCCAUGUGCCAAUUAAGAGACAUUUGCAAAAAUGCUAAGGUUGCUUUUUGCAUCCACAACAUAGCCUAUCAAGGCAGGUUUGCUUUCACUGAUUUCCCUCUGCUCAAUUUGCCUGAUCAAUUCAAGGGAUCUUUCGACUUUAUUGACGGGAAUGACAAGCCUGUGAAGGGGAGAAAGAUCAAUUGGAUGAAGGCUGGAAUAUUGGAAUCUGACAGGGUCGUGACUGUUAGCCCCCACUAUGCUAAGGAACUUAUUUCCGGAGAGGAUAAAGGUGUUGAAUUGGAUAACAUUAUUCGUAAAACAGGCAUCACAGGCAUUGUGAAUGGCAUGGAUGUUCAAGAGUGGAACCCUGCAACAGACAAAUACAUUGAUGUCAAAUAUGAUGACACCACUGUUAUGGAAGCAAAGCCUUUAUUGAAAGAAGCCCUUCAAGCAGCAGUUGGGCUUCCAGUUGACAGGAAUAUCCCUGUCAUAGGUUUCAUUGGAAGACUAGAAGAACAAAAGGGUUCAGAUAUUCUGGUUGCGGCUAUUUCGGAAUUCAUUGGAGAGAAUGUUCAGAUCGUAGUCCUUGGAACUGGGAAGAAGCACCUGGAGAAACAGAUUGAACAGCUAGAAAUACAGUAUCCUGACAAGGCUAGAGGAGUAGCAAAGUUCAAUGCUUCCUUGGCGCAUAAGAUCAUAGCUGGGGCUGAUUAUAUGUUGAUCACUAGCAGAUUUGAGCCAUGUGGUCUCAUUCAGUUGCAAGCCCAGCGAUAUGGAACAGUCCCCAUUGUUUCCUCUACUGGUGGACUUGUUGACACUGUCAAAGAAGGUUUCACGGGAUUCCAUAUUGGAAGCUUCAAUGUUGACUGCGAGAAAUUGGAUCCAGCUGAUGUUGAAGCAGUAGCAAGAACAGUGAAAAGAGUGCUCACAGCCUACGGUACCCCAGCCUUAAAGGAGAUGAUCAAGAACUGCAUGACCAAAGAUCUUUCAUGGAAGGGACCAGCCAAACUGUGGGACAAGAUGCUACUGAGUUUGGAGGUUGCAGGAAGUGAAGUAGGUACUGAAGGGGAGGAGAUUGCACCUCUUGCCAAGGAAAAUGUAGCCACUCCCUAAGCACCCCGUUUAGACUUAAUGCAUUUAUUAAUAUGAAUAAGUACAAAGUAGUCUAUCGAUGGUAAAUAAAUGCUUGGUUUUCUAA